UCCAUACUCAUCGUCAGUUACGAUCAAGGGUUACGAUCGAUACGAUGCGGUCCAAGACUAAACACAUUGACGAUGCCCAGCCUGCGACUGUGGAUGAGCAUUUCCGGAUUCUUGUAGCCGACGAAGACACCAUCGACUACGAUGAGUCUGAGCAAGUUACAUCAGCUGAUCUGCCUGAGUGGUAUGAUGAGAAAUUGUACAAAGCAGGGCAAGAUUACUACCGUUCUAACAGCCUUGGGCUGACCACCGCAAUCAUAUCUGGUCUUGUAGCUGUACUGGCGGUUCCUUCGAUUUUGAAGGUUCUCAUCUAUACUAAAAAGAGUGGAACGGCAUGCGCAGCGUUCAAAAGAUAUCUCGAAACAAGUUUACAUACUCGGGCGUGGUACAUGGCGGAUUCGAACAAUGAUAAUUCGGAUUGGUUCAAGUCAACGAAUACAGUUCGCUGGAAGCAUUGCCUUGCAAAUCGACGAGCUCUCCGUGAUGGAAUCGGGGGAAUCACUCAUCGGGACAUGGCGCUCACUCAGUAUGGUCUGAUCGGCUACGUUCUGCUGGAACCGGAAUAUUUAGGUCUGACAAACACCAAGGAAGAGCGAGAGGGAAUCAAUCACGUAUUGAGAGUCGUUGGACAUAUGCUUGGCAUUUCAGAUCGAUUGAACAUUUGCCGGAAGAACGAAGCUGAGACUACGGCAUUGUGCAGAAGAUUGCAGGCCGAGGUAUUUGCAAAGUACUUCGAAGAAGUUCCUCCGAAUUUUAUCGACAUGACGACAGCGCUGCUGGAUGGGAUGUGGAGCAUCGACAUGAGCAUAGAUACCGGAGCUCUUUUUGCGUUCUCAUACAAGUUGAACAGGGUGCCAUAUACAAGGCCUCUGAGCACGUAUAGCUGGCUGGUACUCAAAUACCGUGAAGCAUCUCACAAACUGUGUGGCACUCCCGGCAUCGGUAUCUUUGUCCGUGCGUUUUACAACUAUUUAAUGAACUUUACUUUCCUGAUAAUGAAGAAAUGGCCCAUAAUAGCUUGGCUUCAGUACGGCAUUGAACAGUCCAAGAUAAAUCUGUACCCGAAACUGCAGAAGUCAUAGGGUUUUGCAUACACGUUUUAUAUGUCACUAACAUUAGUUUUUAUUACAUUUUUUUUAACCAAACGAAUUUUUAC